CGCGCUUUUCGCGCGCCUCCCUUCAUCGUCGCGACGCCGCGCCAUUUCUGCGCACGUGGGCGACGACGGCUGAGCGAGGGCGCCUGGCCCGCUCGCCAUUAACGCAGCCGUCGUGAAUGAACGCCGACCUCGACCGGGUGGCUGUCCAUUGAACAGUACUCGCGGCCGACGACCGGCCGGCGCUCCGGGGGCGGCAGCACGCCCUCGCCGCGAUCACGCCUCAGUCGAGGAUGUGGCGUUGACGACGACUCUCUCUCACUGCGAAAUCUGUGUUCAUUUACCAGUAGAUUCUGACUAAAGUGAUUAUCGUGCCGCAUAUUCGUAGUUUCCUAAAUGUUCUGUGAUCGCGUCAAUUUCGUUAGGACGUAGGUAGAGAUAAUAUAUUAGUGAAGUGUCGUGCGAGUUGAUGCCGGCAGGUGCCGGUGGUGAGUGAGUGCGCGCGAGUGCAUGUUGUGUUGUGAGUCGAGCGGGGAUGCGCGCGUGCGAUGCUCUCGGUGAUCGCGAUGCGUCGGCCCGAGGACGAGGAGCUGGGGCGCGGCGACGGCGACGAGUUCGUGGACAUCUCGCAAAUGCAGCUGCUGGUGGAGGCGGGCCCGAGCGGGCUGCACUACGGCGGGCCCGCGCCGCCGCUGGCGCAGCCGCAGCCCUACGCGCAGCCCCCGCACCCCGCGCCCGUCACCUCCACUACCUCCGUCGAUGAUCUCUUUGCGCUAUACUUCACUCCGGCGCAGCAUGGUAGCCUACCAGGCGAUGAGUUGUCACUGGGUUGUUCCCCGCGACGCCACAAGCACGAGGCGUCGCUGUCGCCCGGCGCGCGCGCCGAGGACGCCAGCAACGCGUCCAGCGCCAGCGCCUCGCUGUACGGGCCCGCGCAGCCGCCCGCCGGCAAGCACGCGCCGUCGCCGCCGCUGCAGUGGCUGCUGCCGCCCGGCCCCGGCCCGGGCGACAAGUACUACCAGGAGUACGAGGAGCGCAUCGACCUCCUCCCGCCGCCCGAGUGCCAGCCCUCCUACUGCGCGCCGCCGCAGCCCUCCUGCCCCGUGCCGUGCGAGUACCGCGCGCCGCCGCAGCACUGGGAGCAGGAGUACCAGCCCGCGCCGCAGCCCGCGCCCGGCCCCUCCGGCCUGCCCAAGCGCGAGCCCUACCCGGCGCCGCCCUCCGACCGGCCCGUGCAGCUCGCCGAGUACAACCCCUCCACGAGCAAGGGCCACGAGAUCCUGUCGCAGGUGUACCAGCAGAGCGCGCAGCCGCUGCGGCUGGUCGCGGUCAAGCCGCGCAAGUACCCCAACCGGCCGAGCAAGACACCGGUGCACGAGCGGCCGUACGCCUGCCCCGUGGACGGCUGCGACCGCCGCUUCUCGCGGUCCGACGAGCUGACGAGGCACAUCAGGAUCCACACGGGCCAGAAGCCGUUCCAGUGCCGUAUCUGCAUGCGCUCGUUCAGCCGGUCGGACCACCUGACGACGCACGUUCGCACGCACACGGGCGAGAAGCCCUUCGCCUGCGACGUCUGCGGGCGCAAGUUCGCGCGCUCGGACGAGAAGAAGCGACACGCCAAGGUGCACCUGAAGCAGCGGCUGAAGCGCGAGCGCGGCGGCGCGCACGACCACCCGCCGCACCUCUAGCAGGCGGCACCCGGCUCCGCGUCCCCACAUUCCAGUGACAGUGAGCCCUCCACCUCCGACUCGGUGGACAACUGAACUUUUACUUUCACGUUGAAGUUAUGAAAUAAUUUCAUCGCCUAGCCGUAAGAAUUGUCUUUAACGAAGCUUUAUUAACUCUACAUAUGUAAAUUCAUUGAAAUUUAUAUAUCUUUUUAUACAUAUUUGUAAUUAAUAUGAUAGGAGAUGAUCAGCUCGAUGUAUUUAUUUUUAAUUUAGAUAGGCUAAUUGAAUGAAAUCGACUGGGAACAAGGUACGAAGCGAUGUGGCCUAAAGUGUCCUAGUAGCGCUUCUCGCAACCGAUGGGUACUCGGACUCGCCCUCGCGAGCCUGAAACAUAUCUUCUGUCAACCGACAAGUUUGUAGCUUAACUAAAGUUGUCUCUUGCAGUGCAUUGCAUGCUAGUCGAUGCACGCGUCAAAACUAUAGCAUGAGAAAGUGAUACGUAAUGAGCCUAUAUCCACAGGUACGACCAAGGUUAGAAAAAGUUUACCUACUAGCCUCACACAAGUAAAUAUUAUAAAAUUGACAAAAUUCCAUUACAGGUUUAAAUUGUCUUAAAAUUAAGAUAGGAGUAAUGUUAUGUGUCAAAGAAAUGAGGUGGUGAACCUUCUCUGACCGCGACUACCUAACUUAAGUAUUGUAUGUUUAAUAUUCUUGUACUUGACGAAACUAACGUGAAACUGUGCCAUUAAUUUAACUUUACAACGUGCCACUGCACUUAUUGUUUAAUACUAAGUGUAACACGACUGCUGAAUACGUGAUAAAUAUUUUAUUUUAUAUUUUCUAGUCGAAGAUAUGGUAGAAUGUCGUCUACAAUAUCUUACGCUGUUUUUACAUAUAUGUAUAUUUGGUACCUUUUUCUAUUUCUCGCGGUGCACUAGAGAGCUGCUGUCGAGUCUUCUCUUGCUCAAAGAUUUUUUUUAACAACAUUUGCUCAAUCCGCUUCCUCUGCAGGUAACAGACCUUUUCGACUAACCACCCUAUUAACUUACUAUUCUUUCUUCUGCACUUCACCUGUUCAAUCUCGCUAUAUUGUCUUACGGAUUUCGCUAAACAUUUUUGGUAUUUUCAGUGUUUUCCCAGUGGCAUAUAUGUUUUUAAUGUUCGUAUUAUAGACUAAUCUAGUGAAGAGGAUAGUGUUAGCGUUUAAAUUAUGAUCUCUUAAUCAAUAUUAAUUAAUUUCAAAUACAGCGAGUGCUCCUUAUUUAUAAUACUCAUAAGUUUUUGUAUAGUUAACAUACGGUGUAGAUAGGUAAUUUGUACAAUGUAGGCUUCAGUAACUGUGAUUAUGUUGAUUGUUGCGAACAGUUUCUUCCGUGCAAUAUGACAUCUGCAGUUCGAUUUUCGAGUCAUAGCUGUAACUGCAUUAUUAGAUUUCCUUUAUAGUACAAAAUUAAGCACAAAUAGCCUUUAGAAAUCGUUUAACGUGAGAACGAGAGUUUAUGAAAUUGCCUUCAAUACCAUAUACUGUUAAAAAUCACUAGUUAUCAUAAAGUCAUAAUUGUUGUAUUAGUCAUCGCGCGUCUAUUAGACUAAAAAGAACAUAACUCAAGGUAGUGCAAUUAUACUGAAUAUAAAGCCGUACACGUCACCACAGUGAUAGGUACCUAAUAGAAAACAGGGUGGAAUUCAGUGAUCAGUCUGUAUGAAUUUAGGAGAACUGACAAUAAUAUUACUAAUUCUUGAGCAUAAACAGUUUUGAAAAGCGAAUAAAUUUGAUUUCCACGCAAAAGUAAAGAUAGUCCCGAAUUGCCAAGUACUCCAUUGUCAACCGCAGACGCGAGCGGUGUUCACAAUAUACAAGAGAGGUGUUCGAGUUAUAUCUAACGUUUUUACUGUUGUAGGCGAGACGACGUCUCCGAUAGAGAAGGCUAGAGUAGAUAGGUUUUAAUAAAGUGUAAUCUGUUAGUGAAAUGAGUGACAAUUGAAACGGAGAAGACUAAAUUCAUACACGUUUUACGUAAUGUUGCAUCGCGUUAAAGUUAUUCAUAUACGGUGUUUGUAUGAAAUAAGAGUUGCUUGGGCCGCGGGUCGCUGGGAAGAGCCAGUGACGUAACGCGCACUCGGAGCACUGGAUGACUAUGUCCUACCUACAUGUUGCUAUUGCUACCUACCGAACCAACUCUAAGUGAAUUAUGACUACAUUGUGGUGUUCACUCGAACCACCGAGUUCACCAGAAUGAGAACGAAUUCUUUACGAAUUUUGUGUACCUAUGUUUAUAAUUUAAGCUAUCUUAUAUAUGUAUUUCACCGGUGUGAAAGUUGUUGAUGUUCUAAGAUAGUUUUAAGUAUGUAGGUAUUGUUAAAUCUCACUAAUUUUUACUAAAUUCUAUUUAAUAUAUUUGUAAAUACACUCUGACUAAAUUUGAAUUUAAUGUGUAUAUAAGAGAAAAAGAAAUUUUUUAUUUAAUAUGAAUUCACCUAAGGUGAUAAAAUACAAAUUGUUGAAAACUUGAA